UCUCUCAUUAUACUCCAUCUUUCUCUCUCUCUCAAUCUCCCUCUAUCUCUCAGACACACACACGCACUCACUCUUCACACUGCGAUUCACACCAAUGGAUCGCAACGGUGUUUUCGGUCUCGCGUUCAUCUGCAUUGUAGUCGCCGGAGUCGGAGGUCAGUCUCCAGCGUCAGCGCCGUCGAGCACACCGGCAACUCCCGCCGCUUCCACUCCUGCUGCAGCACCUUCCACACCAAAAUCCCCUGCUCCCGUUGCUUCCCCCAAAUCCUCUCCACCCGCGGCAUCCCCUAAGGCCGCAACCCCCGCAUCGUCGCCAGCGGCAUCUCCUCCCACCGCUACGGCUCCUGCUCCGGCGACCAAGCCUCCUGCAGCGUCUCCUCCGGCUGUGACUCCAGUGAGCUCCCCACCGGCUCCAGUUCCAGUGAGCUCUCCCCCCGCUCCGGUUCCAGUGAGCUCUCCCCCUGCACCUGUGCCUACAGUUGCUCCCGCGGUGGCGCCAACCACCCCUGUGACUCCGGCUCCGGCUCCGGGAAAGCACAAGAAGGGUAAGAAGCACAGUGCUCCAGCACCUUCACCGUCGUUGCUUGGUCCCCCUGCUCCACCCACCGGUGCCCCUGGUCCCAGCGAAGAUGCUUCUUCCCCUGGACCUGCAUCUUCUGCCAACGAUGAGAGUGGAGCAGAGACCAUCAUGUGCUUGAAGAAGAUUCUAGGAGGCUUAGCUUUGGGUUGGGCUACCCUUGUUUUGGUGUUCUAGACAGGCUUUGUUGCUGUUAUUAUAUUCUUGUAUUGUAUCAUUUAUUUCCUUUUUUUCUUCUUUUUCCUUUUCCACCCUGUUUUGGGUACACAUUACAUUUAUUUACAUUGUUACUUGGGACUCUAUUAUUCGAUUGAUGUCGUUGUCAUUA